AGAGCUUGGCUUACUGCUUCCUUGCUCUGCGGUGAACACAGCUCUACUGUCGCAGCUUCUCGCGCCUUUAGCCUUUACGUUUUCCGGAAGGCGUCGGGUGAUAUCACCGGCCACUUCUCAAAUGCGUCUGCAGGUGUUCUGCAGCGAGUAAUGGAGUUAGAAGAUGGGCUCCCUGCUGGUAAAUGUGCUCUUGUUUUUCCUGUUUAGGUUCUUCCACAAAGGGAUUUCUCAGACGCCCGAGUGGAACGGAGAGCUGGAAGUCAGUGGUGAGACUGAAUGGAUUCCCCAACCGGAGCUCAUAGAUGACACCUACUGGUCCGGGUCGGCGCCCAUUUGUCUAGGGGGGUGCAAGGCCCGUCACCAGGAGCUUCGGAGAGAUCCCUGUGGAAACUCUAGCUGCUGCUGGCUCGGCUACAAGUCCCUCUGCAGAGUGAACUGCGGGAGGCCUGAUGUGGACUAUAACGGCGCGGUUUACGGUAAUGACUGGUGGGUGGGCUCUGUGGUGAGGCACACGUGUCGCUCUGGCUUCCUGCUCGUGGGAAGCCCCACCAGAUGGUGCCAGUCCAACGGCCUCUGGACCCCAAAACCCACCUGCCUCAGGAUGUGCCAGCGGGGAAGCAUCGAAGUCAGGGAGAGCGAACUGAACGGCACGUGUGACUCCACCUGUGAGAAUAAGAGCUACUUCGGCCCCCCCAAGCUGGGCUGCUCGCUGAUGAACAACUGCAGGAAGAAGGAGACGGGCUGGAAGAGGUUCUUCGCACAGUGUGUCCCAUGCAUUUGUGACUGCGCCUUGUCAUGUGCAACUGCAGGCUAAUUCUGAGAGGGACUUCAGACAAAGAGAAGAAGGUCUUCAUCUGCUUCCGUGGACAAAUCUGAACUUUGAAGUCUGGAUACUAAAAGAUAUUUUUACUCCUCUUUCAAGACAAUUUUUCUUUCAUCUUCUAGGACAUCGUUUGGUCGAUGCCUCAGGUUUAAAACUAGAGGACAUGCAUCUGUUUUUAUAGUUGAUAAAGGAAAGGAAACUGUGAAGGGAAACCACAGCGAUGACACUCUGGGCUCCACUGCUCCUCCUCUCAGUCCAUCUGCUCUGCAAGGAGCUAAAACACUAAUCUUGUUACGAAGGGCGGAUCUGCAGUCGGAUGCCUGCGGUGAACCUUGCUAAGAAUGCUAUACAUGGUUACCACAAUAUGUGUGCUUUUUAAAUCAUUCAUUAAAACCAUCUAUGCACUAUAGUUGAAAAGUAAUCUAAUUAUAUUUGUGUAGAUUGAUUAAAUGGUGUGUUUGUGUGGAAGGUU